AUGUCGUGCGCGCGUAGUGUGUGGGAUCUGGGGGGGUGUGGGUUCGCGGUGACGACGGCGAAGGCGUGCGGGGCGCCGGGAUUGAAGGAUGUGGCGCGCGGAAUCGGCGCGCGCGACGCGUUCGAUGCGAUGGACGAGGGAUUACGCGCGUUGGUCGAGCCGCGAUGGGUGAAGCGAGGCAGAGAUGACGCGCAGAACAUCCAUGGUGCGAUAACGGACGUCGAGGAGGCGUUACGUUGA